GAAGAGGAUGGGCAGCGCGGUGACAGCUGUCUGGGAGAUGAUGGAGACAAGGCCCCUUGGGCCUCUGGUAUUUAAGACAGAAGGCCGAGGAGCAAUGGAUCAGAUAAGACAAGAGCAAGCUUGGAAGACAAACACAAGAACUGUGGAGAGAAGGGACAUCAUGGCGGAUGAUUUCACUGCACAGGUGAAGAAGGUGGCCCUGGCCAUGGGUACGUCACUUAGCGACCAGGACAUCGAGCGCAUCCCACGUGAGGUGAGAAUGCAAGGGAACUUCAACUACAACAGGUUUCUGGAGUACAUGAGGGAAUUCAGGACUCCUGAGCAGCAGGAAGAGUCCAUCAGGUCGGCCUUCAAGAUGCUGGACAAAGACGGCAGUGGCUACAUCGAGUGGAAUGAAAUGAAGUACAUUCUGUCGUCCGUGCCCAACACCGUGCCCAACAUCGUGCCCCUUGUACCUCUGACAGACGAGGAGGCUGAAGCCUUGAUCCACGUUGCCGACACGGAUGGUGACGGGCGCAUUGAUUUCAAAGAGUUCUCCGACAUGGUCAAAAUGGAGAAGAAACCCCGGAAGUAGAGUCUUGGACACAACUGGACGGGACUGGACAUGGGAAGAGCAGAAGUGGAAGAUGGUGGAAAUAUAUUUUUUUCCAUACAGCUGUGUGUGUGUGUGUUUUUUGUUUGUUUAAUGUGGGAUCCAGAUGUCAAAUGGCCUUGUGGGAACAUUGACUCCAUGUUGAUAAUGACACAGGUUUCUUCUAUUGCAGUUACUAGUUACUAUUGCAGCAUACAUAUUUGUUUUUAGUAACUGAAUAUGUGUGUGUGUGUGUGUGUGUGUGUGUGUGUGUGUGCAUGCUCAAGUGUAUUAUUUGUGUGUGUAGCCGAUAAGAAUUAUUUGACUGGUCACACCCAGCCAUGAGGCUAUUUCUGCUGCUCCUCACACCCUUCCACAUGGAACAUAUGGAGUAUAUUUUUCACCAGUACUCACCAGAAUAGCAUUAGCAGCUGACUCCAGAUCAGCCUAUAUAGUAGUAUAAGUAUAUAUACUCUUUUGAUCCCGUGAAUUUGGUCUCUGCAUUUAUCCCAAUCCGUGAAUUAGUGAA